AUGUCAAGAGAAGGAGUUAAGAUUGAGCACGAGAAGAAGCUGUCUGCGUUGCAGAGUCAGGAGUACAAGGGAGGCGAUGACUCCAAGCUAGACAAGACUAAAACUUCCAUCACCAGAUUGCAAUCACUGAUCAUUGUUACUUCAGAAGCUGUUUUCACCACGUCGAGUGCCAUUCUCCGCCUCCGGGACACUGACCUUGUGCCUCAGCUUGUUGAACUCUGCCACGGCGUCUCUAACCACCGCAAAUGCAGAUUAAUGUACAUGUGGAAGUCAAUGCACGAGUACCACGAAAUCCAGAACAACAUCGUCCAGCAAGUCCGUGGCCUGAUCAGCCAGACAGAGAGAGGUGAGUCAACAUCAGAAGUACACCGGCAGGUGACGCGGGACCUAGAGUCAGCUGUCUCCUUGUGGCACUCGAGCUUCUGCCGCAUCAUCAAAUUCCAAAGGGAGUUCAUAAGCUCCCUCCACGCCUGGUUCAAGCUCAGCCUGGUUCCCCUGAGCAACGAGGACGAAAAGAAGCAGCGGUCAGACUCGUUUGCCUUGUGUGAAGAGUGGAAGCUGAGCCUGGAGCGUGUGCCUGACACGGUGGCGUCGGAGGCCAUAAAGAGCUUUGUAAACGUGGUCCAUGUGAUAUCGAUAAAGCAGGGGGAAGAGGUGAAGAUGAAGAAACGCACGGAGAGUGCAGGAAAGGAGCUGGAGAAGAAGGCGUCAUCACUGAGGAGCAUAGAGAGGAAGUACUACCAGGCCUACUCGACGGUCGGGAUAGGCCCUGGACCGGAGGCCCUGGACGCACGGGACCCGCUGUCUGAGAAGAAGUCAGAGCUGGCGGCGUGUCAGAGGCAGGUGGAGGAUGAGGUGAUGAGGCACGUCAAGGCUGUGGAGGUGACACGGGCCAUGACUCUCAACAAUCUUCAAACGGGCCUGCCCAAUGUCUUCCAGGCCUUGACCAGCUUCUCAUCUCUCUUCACUGACUCUCUCCACACCGUCUGUUCUCGUUCCUACUCCAUCAACUAA